CUACCUCACACCAAAACCUCUUUAUAAAGAGCAAGGACUCUGCGACAUCUGUGCAACAUAUCAUUUCCUCAGAAUCUCUUUCUUAUUUUAACACAAAACCAAACAUCAACUUUAGUUACUAAACAAUGGCAUCAGGCUCAAUGUCUUCUUAUGGCUCUGGCUCAUGGACUGUUAAGCAGAACAAAGCCUUUGAGCGUGCUCUAGCAGUCUAUGACCAAGACACUCCUGACCGUUGGCACAAUAUUGCUAGAUCUGUUGGUGGUAAAACACCCGAAGAAGCUAAGAGACAAUAUGACCUUCUCGUGCGUGACAUCGAAAGCAUCGAGAAUGGUCACGUGCCGUUCCCUGACUACAAGACUACUACUGGAAACAGCAACAGAGGCAGGCUGCGUGAUGAGGAAAAGAGGAUGAGAAGCAUGAAGCUGCAGUGAAACAAGAAGCAACAAAAAAAAAAAAAACUAACUACGUAUGAUCGUCAAGAAAAUAAAAGAGAAUCACUUCAGGGAGAUGUGUUUUUCUCAAUGUCUGACGAAUCAAUGUUUUUUUUCUUGCAAUUUCUCAUGUUUUCCCUAAGAAUUGGUUUUUUUUUUUGAGGCAAAAAAAAGCACUCGAAUUAGUUAACCAAAAUCUGUAUUUAGGGUUCUUCGUAAUGAAAAAUCCAUUGUCUAAAAUCACAAUAAAAAUGUUGAUUAUAUAUUACUAUCAA